UCUUAAUUCACUGAGCUUUUGGUCCCAUCCUUUCCACAGCCAUUGUUUCUUUGUUCUCUACUCUGUUUUCAAAUGCUUUAUAAAUACUACUAACCACAACCCUUUCCCCAGGUUCCUUCUCACCUCCCUUUUCUCUCUCCUUCAACCUCUCAAACCCCAUCCUCCCAUCUUGUUCUCACAGAAAACACACACGAGUUGUGUGUGUGUGAGAGAGAAAAAGGGUGUAAGCUUCUUCAUCCAUGGCUUCCCUGGUCGGUGCUACUGCAACUGCUUCUACUGCUACUGCUACUGCCACCGAUCCCUCUUUCUACUUCGAUGACAAAUGGAAGACGUCCAAGAAAGAGGGGUUGACCAGAACCCGCUCCUCAUCAUUCCCUCUCAUCAAAACCUCCUCUCACAGAAGGUGCUCUUUUACUAGAAAGUGCGCUAGAUUGGUCGAACAACAGAGGGCUCGAUUCUACAUCAUGAGACGAUGCGUCACCAUGCUCAUCUGCUGGCACGAUUACACCGAUUCUUGAAGCUAUCCACAUGGAGAAUUUCUUAAAUCUCACAAACCCAACUGAGAAACAUUGAAAUUUCCCUCUUUUGACCCGAUGUGUCUGGUUCAGAGUAAGCAGCGCCAGAAACAGAGCAACUCCCAGAUACAGGCGAGAAGAUGGGGAUGGAGGAAACACGAUGAACCCUUUUCAGAGGUAAGCCGUUGGGUGCUAAAUCUCUCAAAAAAGCUCUUAAUCUUGGGCGAGAUCGAUGAAGAAGUCCGAUCGUCUGAGGAUAUUUACUUGCUAUUUUUUGUGUUUUGCUCUGUUUUUCCCCUGUUUCAUGUCUCUGUUUUUGCCCCCUGAAUCUGGACGGUCGGUCACUGUUUGUUGUAACUUUUCACUGUUGUAUGAGAAACAGAGCAAGAAAAACAGAGUAAGAGAAUCAGAUCAAAGAGGGUUGGAUUGUAUUGUGAAUCUUUGUGAUGUUAAAAGGAAACAGAGAUGCAAUUAAUUUGGGUGUUGAUAAUGAGAAAGUAAAAGUGAAGGCAGUUCCAUUUUUUAUGAUUGAAUUGAAUGAUGGGUCUCUCUCAGAGCUCUGUUUCUC